AUGGCCGCCGUAUCAGCUCCGACUCCCAAGCUGGAUCGCUAUAUCAUCAUCCACGUUGCAACCACCUGCGAUGAGCAUGGCGUCUACGUUACCAAGGAUUCCGCAGAGGUGAUCGAGUUGGGGUGGAUCUUGUUGGAUACCAAAUCCUGCGAGGAGUUGCACCGCGAGAGUGUGCUUGUCAAGCCUGUCAACACACCAAUUACGCCGCUGUGCACGAGCCUGACGACGCUGACUUGGGAGCACGUCCGCUCAGCAGGCAGCUUCCGUGACGCUAUCAACCGAUUCGAUUCGUUUGCCCAAGAACACCUGUUGUCGAAGAACCUAGAAUUCGCCUUUGUGACCUUGGAUUCAUGGGAUCUCCGCGUUCAACUGCCUCGCGAGGCCCGCGACAAGGCUGUUGUGCUUCCUCCAUACCUCCAACACUCCCGGACUUUCGAUCUUCGCACCGAAUAUCAGAGAUGGCAAACUCACCACCCCGAGUCCCUUCCCUUCGGCCCCAGCUCUCUGUCGAACAUUUGUGCCGCCCUUGAGGUUGAACCCGUCCAGUCCUCCGCCCCGAUUAAGCACAACCUCCCUUUCCACCUGCAGGCUUUGGCCCCCGCUUCCCCUCGCCGGGCUAUGGACGAAGCUGUGACCCUGGCCCGCGUGCUCCGCGGCCUGAUCCGCAAGUCUCAACCCGCCCAUGAGCACCCGGAGAUCUUGACUCGGCCAAUGGAUGCGAGAGCAGAUGUUCGUGCUUUCUUGGCGGAACGUAGCAAGGUCCUUCAUCUGAGCGGUCUUCCUCACGACACCACACAGUCCGAGCUGGAGAGCUGGUUUACUCAGUUCGGUGGCCGCCCGAUCGCUUUCUGGACCCUCCGUACACCUGACCAGCACAAGCCGACUGGUACCGGAUUUGCUGUCUUCUCGUCCCACGAGGAGGCCGCCGAGAGUCUCUGCAUGAACGGCCGUGCCCUCAACGAAAAGGCUAUUGAAGUGUCGCCAUCCUCUAGCCGCGUUCUUGACCGAGCAGCAGAGAUCCUUACUCCUUUCCCUCCUUCUAAGAACCGCCCUCGUCCCGGUGACUGGACGUGCCCGUCUUGCGGCUUCUCCAACUUCCAACGCCGUACAGCUUGUUUCCGCUGCUCGUUCCCCGCCAUGGCCGCCGCUCCUGACCCAAUGGGCUACGGUUACGCCUAUGGUCCCCCCUCGAUGAUGCCGCCUCACGCUGGCGGACACGGCCACGGAAUGGGCCAUUCUCGUGGUAUGGGCGGCAACGGUGGCGUAGUUCCUUUCCGUGCUGGUGACUGGAAGUGCGGCUCUGAAGGAUGCGGUUACCACAACUUCGCUAAGAACAUCAACUGCCUGCGAUGCGGCGCUCCUCGGUCUGGAGCUGCCGUCGUCGCCGACUCCGCCUUUCCGUCUGCCAUAGACCAGUCCUCCAACUUCGGUCACAGUUCGAUGAGCAGCACUCCUGCGCCUGGUCCCUUUGCCUCCUCCGGUGCCGGUUUCGGAGGAUUCAACCAGCCCUUCGGUGGCCCUCCCAGCAACUACGGCUUGCCCUCUGGACUGGCCAAUGCCCCUGCGGCUUACCCGCCAAUGGGACAGAUGACUCCCGGCUAUGGUUCGACAAACGCUUCCCACGGUGCCGCCUCUUUUGCCAACCCCGCCGCCCAGGCAGCUUUCACCGGAGCUGACCACACUUCAUCUACCAAUGCCUCAAACGGUAACUUCUAUGGAAACGAGGGAUCCAGUGAUCCUUUCGCGUUCCUCUCAACGGGCCUAGGCGGCCUGACUGUUUCGGAUGAUGCUCAUUCUCGCCGUAACGGUGCCGGUGCUAGCAAGUCUCCUGUCUAA